AUGAGCAGUUUUCUUAUUGCUUACGGAUCUCAUACGGGUCAAGCCGAGCAGAUUGCUAAAGGUAUAAAGGAACAAUCAGAGCUUAUUGGUCUUAAUCCGAAAAUAUUUGAACUAGAUCAAAAUGAGAAGCAAUUCGACUUGAACGGCGAAAGUUUUGCUGUUAUUGUUGUCUCGUCAACUGGUGAUGGAGAUGCUCCCGAUAAUGCGGCGAGAUUUGUUCGUCGAAUUUCGCGAAAAUCGCUGCCCAAUGACUAUAUGAGUCGAUUAGAAUAUGCUAUACUUGGUCUUGGUGAUUCGAAUUAUUCAAGUUAUCAAGCAAUUCCUAAGAAAAUCGACGAUCAACUCUCUUCUUUGGGCGCUUCAAGGGUUUUAGAAAGAGGAGAAGCUGACGAUCAAGUUGGACUGGAACUCUGCGUUGAGCCUUGGAUCGAAAAAUUGUUUGCUUAUUUAGCGGAACGUUUCGAUGUUCAAGAGGAUAAAAUGAAUGCGCUUACUGAAACACGGUUAAAGUUGAACCCUGUCAAGAGUGAUGAAGAAAAAAAUAGAUUAUUAAAAGAAAUGAAGGAAAAUAUCGCGGAUUCUGAUCAAGAACCAGUGGAACGCUUUCAAAUUCUUCAACCAGAACCAUACGAAUACUCAAAACCUUCCAUAAUAAAAGGAGCUGACACUUUAUCUGCAGAUUUGAAUUUGCGAGUUCCAAUUGCUCCGCAAUCCUUUAUCCUCUCAUCUGUUUCUCAUAAAAAAUUUGAUCAAAAAUUAGCUUGUCUUGAAUGGCAGAAUGAAUGUAAAAUGGUUGGAGUUGUAACGAAAGCUUUGAACGCAACAGUUGUCGGAACCGCUUUAGUAACAGAAUUUGAGGCUGCGAAACCUAAAAGGGAAAUAGUUAUCGACUUUGGAGAGUCUGCACCAAUACUAGCAUAUGAACCUGGAGAUGCCAUGUAUUUUUGUGUUACGAAUCCAGAAAACGAAGUCAAUUUUAUACUCAAACGGUGUGGUGUUCUGGAAAUAGCCGACCAAGAAUGCGAGCUCUCAAUUCUGCCAAAAACGGAAAAAUUCAAUCCACAAAUUCCUGGGCAUAUUCAUAAAAAAUCCUCACUGCGGCACAUUUUCACAACGUGUUUGGAUAUUCGUAGAGCUCCUGGAAGGCCAAUUCUUCGAAUUCUUGCUGAAUGUGCUUCCGAUGCGAACGAAAAACGGCGAUUGUUCGAAUUGUGCAGCGCGCAAGGAAUGAAUGAUUUUACAGCAUUUGUUCGACAACCAGGACUCUCUCUAGCUGAUGUUCUUUUUGCUUUCCCAAGUAUUAAACCACCAGUGGAUCGUUUAAUAGAGCUUCUUCCGCGGCUUUCUCCUCGUCCAUACAGCAUGUCUUCGUAUAAUCAGAAGCGCGCAAGAUUUGUGUAUUCGGAAUUGGAGUUUACUGCCGAAGAAGGUCGAAGAUAUCGAAGAAAAGGCCUCUGUACUGACUGGUUGAAUGCUCUUCGAGUCGGAGAUGUUGUUCGAGUUCUCGGAAAAGAGCCCGCGCGAUUCCGCUUACCACCGCCACCUAAUAGUCGAAGCGAUGCUGGAAAAAUGCCUCUGCUUAUGAUUGGCCCUGGAACCGGUGUUUCCGUAUUUUUAUCGUUUUGUCAUUUCCUACUAAAAAUGAAGCUAGAAGCACCCGAGGACUUCACACAAGAAAAAAGAAUACUGUUUUUCGGAUGCCGCGAUUUGAAUAUCGACGGAAUUUACAUUGAAGAGCUUCGAGGCUUCGUACGAGAAGGAAUUUUAUCCGAUUUGAUUGUUUGUGAAAGUCAAAAGAACGGUGAACGAGUUCAGGAUGGAUUAAAAAAGAACCUGGAAAAGGUUCUUCCAUUUUUGGAACCAUCGCCUCUCUCGAAAAUUUUCAUUUGUGGAGAUGCGAAGGGAAUGUCAAAGGAUGUUUGGCAAUGUUUUGCAGACAUUGUUGCACAAAAUGAUGGAAUUACUGACAAGGAAGCUAAAGCAAAAUUGCUAGACCUGAAGAAAAAUGACCAAUAUAUUGAGGAUGUUUGGGGAUAA